GCAGCAGUCUUUUUUAUUGCCGUCAUUCCCUUUAGAGUGUGAAAUUUGAUUGCGAUUAUACACUGUUUCCCCGAACCUUUUAAUGUGUUUUAAUUUUAUUUUUAUCAAAAAGUGUAAAUAAUUGAAAUGUCUGAUAAAACCGAAACUAGUAAUCAGACCGAUCUUCAAAAGGAAGCUGAACAAUUGAAAAAUCAAGCAAAUGAUCAUUUCAAAAAGAAAGAAUAUGACAAAGCUAUAGAUUUUUAUACCAAAGCAAUCGAAUUAGUUCCUAAAAAUGCAGUCUAUUUUGCGAAUAGAAGUUUGGCGCAUUUACGACUGGAGAACUUUGGAUUUGCACUUCAGGAUGCGGCUUCUGCUGUUCAAAGCGAUCCAGCCUACCUUAAGGGCUACUAUAGACGUGCUGCAGCGCAAAUGUCGUUAGGAAAAUUUAAGAAAGCGCUGUCUGAUUUCGAAUAUGUAGCUAAACGUCGACCGAAUGAUGAAGAUGCUAAAAUCAAAUUCACCGAAUGUAACAAAAUGGUGAGAAAGCAAGCUUUCGAACGGGCAAUCGCCGUCGAUGUUCCGGAUAAAACGCUAGCCGAAAUUCAUACGGAAUUUGAGACAAUUGCAAUCGAGGACGACUAUAAGGGUCCUCAAUUAGAAAAUGGUAAAGUUACCCUCAAGUUUAUGGAGGAACUAAUGGAAUUUUACAAACAGGAGAAGAGACUUCACAAGAAAUUUGCUUAUAAGAUUUUAUGCGAAAUCGAUUUGUAUCUACGUAAACAACCAUCUUUGGUCGACAUAGCUAUACCUGACGAUGCAAAAUUUACCAUUUGCGGUGAUAUUCAUGGCCAGUUUUAUGACCUCAUGAACAUAUUUAAAAUUAACGGUCUUCCAUCACAAACGAAUCCAUAUUUAUUCAAUGGUGAUUUCGUUGAUCGUGGCUCAUUUUCUGUGGAAUGCAUUUUUACGCUAUUCGGCUUCAAACUUUUAUAUCCCGAUCAUUUCUUCUUGGCGCGCGGUAAUCAUGAAAGUAUCAACAUGAACCAAAUUUAUGGCUUCACCGGUGAGGUGUUAGCAAAGUACACAAGCACAAUGUCGAAUAUGUUUACCCAGGUGUACAAUUGGCUGCCAUUGUGUCAUUGCCUUAACAAUCGCGUUCUUGUGAUGCAUGGUGGAUUAUUUUCGCAAGAUAAUGUGACGCUAAACGAUCUAAGAAGUAUCGAACGAAAUCGGCAACCGCCUGAAGACGGUUUGAUGUGCGAACUGCUGUGGUCCGAUCCACAACCACAAACUGGACUGGGACCGUCGAAACGCGGCGUCGGUACACAAUUCGGACCGGAUGUCACAAGUAAAUUCUGCAAACUGAACAAACUCGAUUACGUUGUACGCAGCCAUGAGGUCAAAGAUAUGGGUUAUGAGGUGGCUCAUGAUGGCAAGUGCAUCACAGUAUUUUCGGCUCCAAAUUAUUGCGACACAAUGGGAAAUAAGGGUGCAUUUAUCACGCUCAGAGGAAAAGAUAUGAAGCCAGAAUAUACUACGUACGAGGCUGUGCCCCAUCCUAACGUUAAACCAAUGGAAUACGCAAGCUCGUUGAUGAAUAUGAUCAUGUAAAAUUCCUAGCUCAUAAAACAAAUUUAAUUAUCACAAAAAAAUCUUACUUUUUUUAGAAAUAAUUAUAAAUAAACAAUUAGGAAACGAGAAAUAAA